CUUUUUAAAACUUUCGGCUGGAAAACAAACAACAUCUAAUAUAUGUAUAUAUAAACAAAAUUACUAGUAGUUGGUUGCCGAAAAGGUUGACUGUUAUAUGACUGGAUGAGAUGCCUCGCCAAGCUCCCAACUCCGGGAAGAAAAUGGGUAGACCUGCAAGGCUGUUCGCUUCAUGCUCCCUGUUAUUGGCUUCUCUUUUCGCUUACUCGGCAUCAGUUCAACUGGACGACCCAGAUUGGUAUUUGUGGCUUCCUCUUUAUGCCUGUGCUUCAGUUGUUAAUUUGGUUCGCGCCACCUUCAAAUCCAAAACAAUCAGUCGUCGAAUAGCCAAAUUUGCUUUCUGCCUUGGAGUAUCGUUGCUGUUGAAGGUUGUGAUGGAAGCUUAUUUACAUGGAUUAGCUGGAUUUUGGUCCUUGGAUCUGAGGAAGAGGGUUGUGAGAGAGAAAAUGGGGAGCUUUUUUGUUGUAAUUUCCAUGUUCCUGCAGUUGGAAGCUUUAUCAAUUCAGAAAAAAGAUCCACUACCAGCAGACAAAAUGGUGGUUCCGACGCAUGUUGACUUUGGGAUGGCAAUUUUGGUAGCUGUAAGUURCGUCCUAUCCUUCGUUUUCUUUGUGUUCGUUAAAGAAGACAUGGAGCUGUGAACGGAGGUAUCCUUUURUGCGGUUACAGGAACCAACAACUUAUGCCAUUUUACCCUAACUAGAUUAUACCUCUAUAUAUACAGAUUGCAAUGCUUAUUUUCUAUCAAUGUUGUUUAUUGAUGUAUGUGUAUAGACAGCUUUGACCUUUUUGGUGCUUUGGAUGUUUCCUAUUUCCCAUUUCCUGUGUGCGUGCGGAAUAAAUUUCAAAAGCAAAAGAGACAUGACAUAUUUACCAUAGGAAUUUAGGCCUGUUUGAUUUGCAGAAAUAAAGAAUCAGAAUAGGAAUUGGCCAUUUUGAUUCAAACUGUU